AGGAGAAAAGUGUUGUACCAUUUUCAUUUUAUCUCGUUUGAUGUAACAUUCGGAACGCGUUAAUUGUGAUCCUCUGAAUUCCCGCGAGCAAACAUAUUUUGCUGAAUGAAACAUGGAAGAUGAUGGAAAAGAUGAAGCUUGGAACAGUGUUCGUCACAGAGAAGAUAUUGAUAUAAUUGAUGAACUUCAGUAUGUGAGAAUCGGCAUUCCGAAUUACCAAGAUGGUCAAAUAGGAUCUUUCAACUAUAUCUCUGAGCGCAAUGAUUCAGCAUCUGCGGGAUCAUCGCAUGGCUGUCGAUGCAUACCUUUUGAACGAGCUGCCCCUCAAUGGUGGAAUCCUAAAUUCGAUUCCGAAAUCCUUGAAAGGCAGUACCUCAGAACAAGUUUGCCGCAAAAGCGUUUGCGUGUUCGAUAUGCCCUGGUGUACCUUUUCAUCAUCACAGUCAUGUGGACGUCUUACUUCGGGUUUACUGCCGCCGAAGCACGAACUGCGCUUACCAUAAUGGGUCUGAUGCUGUCACUCGUGUGGUUUGCCUUGUUUUUCUUCACGAAAACGAGACUCUACUCGAGAUACAUCCACGUGGUGAGCUACUUCAUGUGCUUCAUUCUCAUCGUCAGCACCUUGAUGAUAUUCGCCAUUUACCAACCGGGCGAAGAGAUGAUCGAAGAAGUGACGACAGUUGCUGCCUUUUCAUUCGGAGUGGUUACUUUGUUGCUUAUCUAUACCGUGAUUCCUCUUCCACUACCAGCAUGUGUACUUAUAUGCUGCGUUUAUUCCAUUAUCUUCGAAACGCUCAAUUAUUCAAAGACGACGGAACGUAUGGCCAAGAUCGUCGUAUCCCGUGUUCUUCUCCACGUCGCGUUGCACAUCAUAGGCUUUCAUGUCCUAAUCAUGAAUGAAGUUCGUUCGCGCGGAACUUUCAUGAUUGUUGGCCAAUCAUUACUCGUUCGUCGUCAGCUGGAGUACGAAGCCCAGUUGAAGGAGAAGAUGAUCAACUCUGUUAUGCCGCCCACUGUCGCGUACUGGCUGAAGACCGAGGGCCAGCUGAAGGAUGACAACAACAAAUUCCAUAGACCGAUCGCGUUCCGACCUUUCAACAUGACGAAUAUGACCAAUGUGAGCAUUCUGUUUGCUGACAUUGUUGGAUUCACCAAGAUGAGCUCAAAUAAAACUGCCGAGCAACUCGUGGAUCUGCUCAAUGAUCUGUUUGGAAGAUUUGACAAACUCUGUGCGACGAGUGGUUGUGAGAAAAUUGCGACUCUGGGUGACUGCUACUACUGCGUUUCGGGCUGUCCGGAGCCUCGUGAAGAUCAUGCCGACUGUUGCGCUCGCAUGGGACUCGGAAUGAUUGCCAGUAUCAAGGAAUUCGAUCAGGAUCGUAACGAAGACGUGAACAUGCGCGUGGGAAUCCACACUGGCACAGUGCUGUGUGGGCUCGUCGGCAGGAAGAGGUUCAAGUUUGAUGUGUUCUCGAAUGACGUGACGUUCGCCAACAAAAUGGAGUCCACUGGUCAGCCCGGACGGGUGCACUUGUCUGAAACGACGAAAAUGUUUCUCGGCGGGAAAUACGAGCUUGAAGCUGGUCCGGUUGUGAACGGUGUAGAUACUUAUUUCAUCCUGAAGGACCCAGCUGCGGAAGACGUGGUUGCAGCGGGAACUCGUAUUCAAAUCGAACCUCCUUCGACGCACGGCUCCAGCACAAUUCUAGACGACGAGCCCGCGCUUGUUCCCAUGUCCACGUACUCGACUUGGCCGAGACGAGACAAUGGUAGGACAUCGUCGUCAAAGAAGCGCUUCAGCAAUUCCAACCCCAGCAAGGACGAAUUGAAUGUGUCUGCUUAUGAUUUGCUCUCUGGGAAAAUCGACGUUUUACCUCCGGUCGAUCAGGAAUCUAGUGAUGAAGCCGAUGACCUGAGUCCACUUCCAACGUUGCAUCAGUCUGGAGGAGGAAAUCACCCGAAACAAGGGCCUAUUGAAUCGUCGUCGACGUUGAACUCACGGAAAGACUCCGGCAUUCGUUCUUGUCACUCCUCAAUCCCCGGACUGGCAAGCACUGAGGAAAGUGUGAUAUCAGAAGCGCUCCUGAUGCAUCAUCGUGCCAGUGGAGGCUAUUACACUGCUAGUCCAGUCUCGUCUACUUUGGAUCUCAGGCACAAUGACAGUGUUCCCCCGAUGUUAGUGGUUGAAGACGUUGAAGGCUGCAAUAAGCGUGGAGACCAUCACUCGAUGGAUCACCUGGAAGUUCAACGCCCGCUCGCGUUCUAUCAACAGCUUCGCAAGCAGUCUGAUUUGCAACUGAUACAUUGUGUACAGCAGGAUUGCACGCACAGAAACUACUUUGUCGAGCCGCCUUUGCAUCAGAUCUCUCUACGUUUCGUCGAAGAAGAAGUUGAGAGCCAGUAUCGCGACGCAGUGCAUCGGGAUAAAGACGCGGCGUCCGUGAAUGUGCAAACGCUGAAUUCCCGUUGGCUCAACACCCGUUUGGACAUCAGUGUUGCCAUUUGUGUGUUUGCCAUCAUUUCCACGUGCUGCUUCCUGCUCUUUGUGCCGCCGCCCGAAUGGAUCGUCAUUUUCGUGGCGGCUCUGUACUACGAAGCCUUUGUCGUGGCGCUGUUUCUGCGCCGGUUCGUCUUUCGGCGGCAUUUGCGGUACAAGUUUGAUCGUCUCUUCUCGGCAGUCGUGGAGUGGAAGUGGUGGCACACUUUCGGCGCCGUUUUGAUCGCAUUGCCCAUCGUGUCAGUGUUGUCCAAUUCGCGGAACUGUGAUGACCAGCGUUACUAUUGCUACGUGGCGCUCGUUGGGCUCGUUCACUUUCUGAACUUCACCCAGCUGAAUUGCUACAUGAAGGCCUGCAUGGCUGCUGUGUUUGGCAUCAUUUUCGUCGUGUUGUUGCGCCUCGGGGUGUGUCCCGAGACGCCGAGCACGCUGUUGACGCUGAGUGCCGGGAAUUUGCAUAGUUUUAGCAUCGAAAUCUGGCUGGUGCUGGUCGAAGUCAUGGUGUUCAACCUGCUGCUGAAUCGCGAGAUGGAAAUCGGCUUCCGACUCAACUUCUACGGCGGACUCUUGGCCGACAAGGAGCAGUCCAAGAUGCGACUCAUCAAGAACCAGGCCGAGUGGCUCCUGCACAACAUCAUCCCUCGUCACGUGGCCGACAAGCUCAAGACGGACGCGAGGUAUUCGGAGAACCACUCAGACGUGGGUGUCGUGUUUGCGUCGAUCGUGAAUUUCUCGGAAAUGUACGACGAGUCGUAUCAGGGCGGGAAGGAAUACUUGCGAGUACUGAACGAGUUGAUUGGUGAUUUUGACGAGCUGUUGCUCCGGCCCGAGUUUUGCAACGUGGACAAGAUCAAGACGAUUGGAAGCACUUACAUGGCUGCGUCGGGCCUGAACGUCGAGAUCCGUCGUCAGAAUGGGAAUCCUCGACAGCACCUGACGGAGUUGAUGGAGUUUGCCAUUCAGCUGAUGCGGGCAGUGCGAGAGUUCAACAAGGACCUGCUGGAGUUUAAUCUCAUUUUAAGGAUCGGCUUCAACCACGGCGAAGUGACAGCUGGCGUCAUCGGCACGACCAAGUUGUACUUUGACAUUUGGGGCGACACGGUGAAUAUUGCGAGUCGAAUGGACUCGACCGGCGUGAACGGGAGGAUCCAGUGCUCAGAGAAAACCAAGGACGUCAUGGACAAGUUUUACGAGUUUGACCGUCGAGGGACCGUCUUUGUCAAAGGGAAGAACGAUAUGAACGUUUUCCUCUUGAGGGAACCCGAACAGGAAUGA